AUGGCGCUUACUGUUUACCAAGUUGAUCAAUGUGAGUUUGAGGUCAAAGACGAUACUAUGAAGUAUGUUGUUGAUAUGGAGAAGAAGCACAGCAUUUGCAAUGUUUUUGACAUCGAUAAGAUACCUUGCAUUCACACAAUUGCUGUUGCUAAGCGUUAUAAGAGAGAUGAAAACCGUUAUGUAGAUGCUUUUUACUCGACAGAAACAUGGGCUAAAGCUUAUGCUGAAAGCAUACACCCUGGUGGAGAGUUAUCAACGCCUACCUAUCCAGAGAAUAUUGAUGAAUUUUCUUGCCCACCUCCGGCUACCAAAAAGAGCAGUGGAAGGCCUCCUACAAAGAGGAUCAGAUCAGUUGGCGAGUUUGGGGUUCGUGGUUCUAAAUCCAAUUCACACAAGUGCAGCAAAUGUGGCAUAGGAGGACACAACAAGAGGACAUGCAAGACGGCGAUAUGA